AUGACAGUUACCCGCUCUCAAACGGGCAGGACGCCCAAAAAAGUAGACCGCCCGGGCUACGUCGAGACUCCUGGCAGCCGCCGGACCACUCGCAGCAGCGUCGCGCCGUCAGAGGAGGUGUCCGAUUCAGCGACGGAGACAAGGGGCCGGACGAGAUCAACGACCCGCAGACGUACCACGAGAGUCAAGAGCGAGGAGGUCUCCGAGGGAGAAGAAGCCAAACACUCCCUAAGCAAUGGGCACGCCAAUGGACAUGCCAACGGACAAUCUUCAAAUGGGCACGCGAACGGGCACGCCACCAAGGAGGAGCGAAUCAUUGACGGCUGGGUCGAGGGCAAAGACCCCAAGGUCGACUACAGCGGACACUUUGAAUUUGGAGGAUCUCCGGGAGUUCUUUCUAUGAUGAUCGGCUUUCCGCUCCUGAUGUACUACAUGUGGAUUGGCGCGACCUACUAUGACGGCAAGUUCCCUCGCCCGUCAGAAGGUCAGAACAUGUCGCAAUUCUUCGCGCACAUGGGACACCUCGUAUACGAAGGCGCGUUCCCGUCUUUGAAGGCAUGGACCAUGUACUGGGUGUUCUUCAUUUUCGAAGGCAUUUGCUAUCUGGUGGUUCCUGGAAUCACGGUCAUGGGCCGGCCUUUGCCACACCUUGGCGGAAAGCAGCUGCCAUACUACUGCUCUGCUCUCUGGUCUUUCUGGACUACCAUUGUCAUUGCCUGUACCCUUCACUUUACUGGCCUUUUCAAGCUCUACACCAUCAUUGACGAGUUUGGCCCGCUCAUGAGCGUUGCUAUUCUGUCUGGCUUUCUGGUCGCCUUCGUCGCCUACUUCUCGGCCUUGGCUCGUGGGGCCGAGCAUCGCAUGACUGGCUCCCCUAUCUAUGACUUCUUUAUGGGCGCCGAGCUCAACCCCCGCAUGUUUGGCAUCCUGGAUUUCAAGAUGUUCUUCGAGGUCCGUCUGCCUUGGUAUAUUCUCCUGCUCGUCACCAUGGGCACGGCUGCGCGACAGUGGGAGGUAUAUGGAUACGUGUCCGGAGAGGUUGGAUUCUUGUUGAUGGCGCACUUCCUCUACGCGAACGCCUGCUCUAAGGGCGAGGAGUGCAUCGUAUCUACCUGGGAUAUGUACUAUGAGAAAUGGGGCUUCAUGCUGAUUUUCUGGAACUUGGCUGGUGUGCCCUUGAGCUACUGCCACUGCACAAUCUACCUUGCCAACCAUGACCCCGCCACUUACAACUGGAACCGCUACUUCCUGGUCUUCCUUUACGUUGCCUACCUGUUUGUGUACUGGGUCUGGGACACGACCAACAGCCAGAAGAACCGUUACCGUCAGAUGGAGCGUGGUACUCGUGUCUUCCGCAAGGCCUUCCCUCAGCUGCCCUGGCAGACUCUCCACAACCCCAAGACCAUUACGGCCGCGGACGGCUCCAAGAUCCUGGUUGACGGAUGGUACGGCAAGGCUCGCAAGAUUCAUUACACCUGCGACCUAUACUUUGCGCUGAACUGGGGCCUCAUCACUGGCUUCAACAGCCCCUUCCCAUGGUUCUACCCUCUCUUCUUCGCCUGCAUGAUUUCGCACCGCGCUCUGCGAGAUAUUCAGCGCUGCCGUAACAAGUACGGCGAGGCUUGGACAGAGUAUGAGAGACAGGUUCCCUACCUCUUCAUUCCUUACGUGUUCUAA